GCGAGUGAGAGGAGUUGGGUCAGCGUCUCCUUCCCGGCGGGAGUUGCGUCUGUUAAUCCGGCGGACUGCAGUCUUCAGGUGAGGAGACGCCGAGGCUGGCGUCGCUGAGUACUCCGGAGGCUUGGGGGCCUCGUCCUUCCUGAGGGGUGACGGAAUGCUCACGGGGCGAUUUCGGCAAAGGGCGCGCCGUCUUGGGCGGCAGACGCCCAACUGACUGAGCCACCCAGGCGCCCCCAGCCUGAUCCUCCUACUUCGGGACAUUUUGGGGGUUCAUCCAGCAUGACCAGGGAGUCAACCCUUGGAGGAAGGGAGACUUUGCCCCAGCUCCCUUGUCCCCCCUGCAGCCCUGCCAGUGGGGAACAUGGAGGGGAAGGAGAGGGAGCUUAAACGAGACCUCCAGCUGCUGGGCCCUAGUUGGCUGUGACUGAGGAAUUUGUGCCCCUCGGGGAUGCAGCCAUGGACUUCACAUUGGAGGACUGGGAGCACCUGGGGCUGGACCAGGGGGACCUGUUCUGGGACACAGCGCUGGACAACUACCAGAACCUAUUCCUGCUGAACCCCUCCAAACCCAAACUGACCUCCCAUCCAGAUGGCACUGAGGAGCUGAAGGUCCUGGUGAGAGAAAGCCCAGAAUCGGCGGGCCCUGACACAGCUGAGGUCAAGAACUGUCUUCUGGCCCACGACUUCUUGGAAGAAGGACUCUCCCAGGAGAUCGUGGAGACGUUUUCCAAGGAUGGCCUCUGGAACUCCAGUUGGGGGAAAGCCUGUGUAGGUGAGAGUUGGUUAGAUAGUAUCCUAGGGGAUCCAGAAAGUUUUCAGAGGUCUGACUUUGUUACCAACAAGGAAAGUCCCAUAGAAUGCAGGAGUCACGAACUCAAGAGAGACCUUGGUCCUGAGUCUCUCCUUUCCACAGGAGAGGAUUCUGUGAUUCACAGUCUUCCUGAAAAGAGCCUGGCACCAGCUACGUCUCCAGAACAUGGGAGUGACUUUGGCUGUGACUUAGACCAGAGCCGGCAGGAGACUCUCCAGGAAGGGGAGAAACUGUAUAAAUGUAGUGAAUGUGGGAAGAGCUUCAGCCAGAGUUACCACCUUAUCCAGCACUGGAUUAUUCAUACUAGAGAGAAACCCACUGUACAUCAAGAGUAUGAGGAAUGUUUUAGCCAGAGUUCUUGCCUCUUUGUGCCUCCAGUGACUCACACAGGCUACAAAUCCUGUGUGUGUACCAAGUACGGGAAAACUUCCAGUCAGAAUACACACCUUCUGUGGCAUCAGAAAAUUCACACUGGAGAAAACCCAUCUAAGAAUCAAGAUGGUGACCAGCCAUCAGGUCUUGGCUUACAGCCUGCUGAGCAUCAGAAAACCCACACGGGGGGUCAGUCCUACAGAUGUAGCGAGUGUGGCAAGAGUUUCAGCCUAACCUUUCAUCUUACUCAGCAUCAGAAGACCCAUACCCGGAAACACUAUGAAUGUUCCAAAUGCAAGGCGACCUUCAACUUCCAUAAAUACCUCCUCCAACACCAGAAAAUCCAUGCUGCGAACACGCCCUCUGAGUGUCAGGAAUGCGGGAAGACCUUCAGGCGGAGUUUGCUGCUUGUCGAACACCAGUCUGUUCACACUGGAGAAAAGCCUUACAAGUGUGAUCAGUGUGGGAAACCCUUCAGGAAUAUCUCAACCCUAAAGAUCCACCAGAGGGUUCACAGUGGAGAGAAACCUUACAAAUGCAGUGAGUGUGGGAAAGCCUUCUACCGGAACACUCACCUUAAUGAACAUCAGAGGAUUCACACUGGCUACCGGCCCUAUAAAUGUCACAAAUGCAUCAAGAGUUUCAGCCGGCCCUCCCACCUGAUUCGACACCAGUCCAUCCAUGCCACAGAAAAACCCUACAGCUGUGCCAAAUGCAAGGAAACUUUCAGCCACAAUGAACACCUUGUCCAACACCAGAAAAUGCACAAUGUGGAGACCCUGUAUGAGUGUCAGGAGUGUGGUGAGCGCUUCAUCUGCAGCUCCACCCUAACUUGCCACCAGACUGUUCACACCAGAGAAAAACAAGGACUUGGUGAGAGCAGGAGGAUCCUGAAUCAGGACUCAGAGCAGAGAGAGCAACCAGGAAUUGGCGAGAAGCACUUUAAGUGUGAUAAAUGCGAGAAAACCUUUAGCCGCAGCAAAUACCUGACUCAGCACGAGAGGGUUCACACCAGGGUGAAGCCCUUUGAGUGUAACCAGUGUGGAAAAGCCUUUGCCCAAAGUACACAGCUCAUUCGCCACCAGAGCAUCCACUCUGGGGCGCGGCGGUAUGAAUGUGGGGACUGUGGGAAGGCCUUCAUCCACAGCACUUCCCUCACCAAACAUCAGUCUGUCCACAAGAGCAAGCACCCCUUUAAAUGUAAUGAAUGUGGAAAGACCUUCAGUGAAAGUGCACAUCUCUCAGAACACUGGUUAAUUCACACUGCAGAGAAACUCUUUCAGUGUAACAAAUGUGACAAAGCUGUUGCCCAUGGUAACUACCUUACUCAGCAUCCGAGAGCUCAUGCCAGAAAGAAGUCCUUUGAGUGUAAUGAAUGUGGAAAAUCAUCCCAUCAGAGCUCGUGCCUUUCUAAGCAUCAGAGAGAUCACACAGGUGAGAAACCCCACAAAUGCAGUGACUGUGGGAAAACCUUCAGCAUGGGUGCUCAACUCAUUCAACACCAGAGAGUUCACACCAGAGAAAAGCCUUAUGUUUGUCAGGAAUGUGGGAAAGCCUUCAGCCAGAGCUCAUGCCUUUCUGUUCACCAGCGAGUUCAUACCGGAGAAAAGCCUUAUGUUUGUCAGGAAUGCGGGAAAGCCUUCAGCCAGAGCUCGUGCCUUUCUGUUCACCAGAGAAUUCAUACUGGGGAGAAGCCUUACAUGUGUGCUGAAUGUGGGAAAGCCUUUGCUCAGAAAGCAAAUCUGAUGCAGCAUGAGAGAGUUCACACUGGGGAGAAGCCUUAUGCCUGUAGGGUCUGUGGGAAAGCCUUUGGCCUCAGUGCCCAUCUCAGUCAGCACCAGAGAGUUCACACCCAAGAGAAACUAGCAAUGUCAACCUUGUCAGCCCUUUGCUGCAGGUCUCAGCAGACAUCAGCAAGUUCACACUUACAGGUAACAAGGAGUUAAGUAGAAAGUAACAAGUAGCAAUACUUCCUACUACUGGGUUGCAGCAAAGUCCCAGACAUCUGAACAUGGUUCACCUGAGUCCUAAAGUUGAAAUCACAUUGUAAGCUCCCUCUCCCCAAAUAAAUACAUCUCUUUAUCCAUAAAGAGUGAUUAGAAAAUUUGUACCCGAGUUUCAUGAAAACACAGUAGUUGAGAACAUGGGAAUUCAGAGGUAGACCUGAGCCAGUUGGCUGAGUUAAAAUCCCAGCUCUGACACGUGCUACCGGAGUGUUCUGGGGAGAGUCAUGGGACCUCCUAGGGCCUCAGCAUCCUCAUCUGUAAAAUGGGCACAAGACAAUUACCUAUCUCAGAGGACUGUUGUGAGGAUAAAUAAAUAGAUGUAAAGAAGCACUUUGAACUGAGUGCCCAGCACGUAGUAAGUACUCACCAAAUGUGAGCUACAGAUACUUAUGAUAUACAACAAAUAUAUUAAAAAGAAGGGAAGAAUUAGCAAUCCUCUAUUUACUGCAGUUAAUGUUCUUGCUGAUACUGUGUGGUGGCUUUCAUUUUUUAAAAAGAUUUUAUUUGAGAGAGAGAGAGCAGGAGCAGGGGUGA